UAAACUCUCUUAUUAAAUGGUGAAAGAAAGAAACCGAUAAUAAUAAGAUGGAAAGCUAAAAAGAGAGAGAAAGAAAAGGCUCAACAGUCACAGUUAACAGUACACACACUCAGAGAGAGAGAGAGAGAGAGAAUGGGACAGGAAGAGGAAGACACGGUAGGAGUGGAGGAGGUGAAAGAGCAAGAGCAAGAGGAAGAGGAGAUUGGGACAUCGUCAUGGAACCAGAGGAAGCAAACCCAGAUAGUGCAACUUUCAGAGAAGCUUAUCCAUGGGGAUCUUGAAUCCCAAAUACAAGCUGCUAGAGAUAUCAGAAAGCUGGUCAGAAAGUCUUCUUCGUCUUCGUCACCAUCUUCUUCUUCAUCGGUGAAGACUCGUUCAAAGUUAGCAGCUGCUGGUGUGAUUCAGCCCCUUGUAUUCAUGCUUGUCUCUCCAAAUAUGGAUGCCAGAGAAGCCUCUCUUCUUGCCCUUCUUAACCUUGCUGUACGCAAUGAACGAAACAAGGUCAAGAUAGUCACAGCUGGUGCCAUCCCUCCUCUUGUGGAGCUCCUCAAAAUCCAAAACAGCAGUAUAAGGGAAUUAGCCACUGCAGCAAUCUUAACACUCUCAGCUGCUGCCCCAAACAAGCACACUAUUGUAGCUUCUGGAGCUGCACCUCUACUUGUUCAGGUCCUCAGUUCUGGAAGUGUUCAGGGAAAAGUUGAUGCUGUUACAGCCCUACACAAUCUCUCCACCUGCCCAGAGAAUUCCACUUCAAUUCUUGAUGCAAAAGCAGUUCUCCCUCUAAUUAACCUCCUUAAAGAAUGCAAGAAGUAUUCCAAGUUUGCUGAAAAAACUACAGCCCUACUUGAGAUUCUUUCUAACUCCGAAGAGGGACGAAUUGCAAUCUCAAAUUCUGAUGGUGGGAUUUUGACCCUUGUAGAGACGGUUGAAGAUGGAUCUCUUGUCAGCACCGAACAUGCAGUCGGAGCUUUGCUCUCUUUGUGCCAGAGCUGCCGGGAUAAAUAUCGGAAACUCAUUCUUAAUGAAGGUGCCAUCCCAGGCCUUCUGCGACUAACUGUAGAGGGGACAGCUGAAGCUCGGGAAAGAGCUCAUACACUUUUGGAUUUGCUUAGAGAUUCUCCCCAGGAAAAGAGACUAGCUUCCUCAGUUCUGGAGAGAAUUGUUUAUGACAUUGCUGCACGAGUUGAUGGAGCAGAUAAAGCUGCUGAAACUGCAAAGAGGCUGCUGCAAGACAUGGUUCAAAGAAGUAUGGAGCAUAGCUUGAGCUGCAUCCAGCAAAGGGCUGCAUCUUGUACACCUUCAGAUAUUCCAUCUUCAUAAUAUAAUCCUUUUUUCUUUUUUUCUUUUUUUGGGGGGUUGGGGAGGUUUAAGAAGAUAGUUUUACUCGAAACUGGGAUAGAGUUUUAAUCUGAAUAUGUUUUCUUUGGACAGUUAAAGCUCUUGUACCCGGCUAGAUGAUUAUUAAAACAAGUGGAAAUCGCUGGAGUAAAUGAAUUAGAUUUUACUGGAGUUAGCUUUCUGAGGGGUGAUCUAUUGACCUAGUGAGAGUGUUGUAUAUCUUGACUUUGAUCAUUUAUGUAUAGAAUCUCUCUGUGCUA